UUUUUUUUUUUUCUUUUGAAACACUUUUACUAAUCAAAGCUGUGCGAUUAUUAAAACUUGGAGGGUUGAAGCCUAAAAAGUCAAGUUCGAAGAAGCUACAAGUGCAAGCUAAAUAUAGGACCAGCCUAACUUUUGCUUCCAUUUUUUUCCAUCAUCUUUCAUGCAUCUGCAGAUCCAAAAUCCCUUGAAAAUGAUUUCGAUGAUUUAUAAGAUGUUUGGGAUAGGAAGGCAUUAUCGUGGCGUACCAUGUGAUGGAGGUACAAACAAUAGUGGAGUUGAAAAUCAAUCUGAAUUGAGGAGUAGUGUUAUGGAUGAAUUUCAAUCUGAAUCGAGGAGUAGUGUUUAUUUACAACAGCCCGAAAUAAAGCGCAGAAAAGUUGAGGUAUCGUUGAGCUUAAACACAAAGUAUGUGAACAGAAUCAUUGAUUGGCUAAAGGAUGAUAAAAUUGUUAGUAUUGGUGUUUAUGGGAUGGCCGGGGUUGGGAAGACUACCCUGGCAAAGCAGCUCGAAUUUCGGCUUCGUUAUGAGACGCCUUUUACUGAUGUUUAUGCUGUUGGUAUGGUUUCUGUGGGGGUGGAUUUUAAUGUAUAUCAGUUGCAGCAAAAAAUUGCUGGUGCUUUUAGGCUUGAUCUUGGAGGUGAUCGGGAUGAGACUAGGAGAGCGGCCAAGAUUCAUUCGUUUUUGUCUCGAAAUGAUAAGUGUGUACUCAUCCUUGAUGAUUUGUGGGAUGAGUUUCGCUAUGAAGAUGUUGGGAUUCCUAGGAAAUGCAAGCUGAUUGCUAUUUCUCGGUCACGGGAUGUCUGUCGUAUGCUCCACUGCCGGAAAUUUGUUCUGGUUGAGCCACUUUCGGAGGAAGAGAGUUGGGAGCUGUUUCACCAAAGCAUAGGUGGUGAAUAUUUGGAUUCCAAACAAGAGUCCCAUUUUAGGAAGCUUGUGUGUGAUAAGUGUUCAGGUCUUCCUCUUGCUAUCACUGGGUUGGCCAGAUGCUUCAGGAAGAUGGUUGAUGAUAAUCUUUCUAGUUGGAGGGAAGUCCUUGAAGGUGCAAAGUUUCCUUUUACGAGACAAGAUUACUUGGAAGAUGCAUUUAGUCGGCUGAAAUUUUCUUACGAAAAGUUGAACAAUAUCACGCUCCAGCGUUGUUUCUUGUAUUCUGCCUUGUACCCCAAAGGUUUUGACAUACGCAGAGAAGAGCUGAUUCGCCUUUGGAUGGGUGAGAAGCUGAUAGAUAAUGUUUCAUCGUUACAAGCGCGAUAUGACAUGGGCCAUUCCAUAUUGAAUAAACUUCUCAACUCUUGCUUGCUGGAAGCAUCAGAGGAUAAAAGGACUAUCAAGAUCCAUGAUCUUGUGAGGCAUAUGGCUCUUUCUGUUGCUGGAGAUAGUUUUUUGGUAGAAGCUGGCAAGACUUCAAAAUUGGAGUUCCGGAAGAAUCUCCUUGCUGUUUCCUUAAUUAAUUCUUCAAUAUCGCCGAUCCUCCCAGAUGGUUCUCAAAACUAUAGCUAUCUCUCCACCUUACUUUUGCAACACAGCUCCUUUGAGUUGAUUCCCGAAUCUUUUUUCUUGCAAAUGCGUGCCCUUCGGGUUCUGAAUUUGUCUGCUACUCGCUUACUUAAAUUGCCCAGUUCUAUUGGUGCCUUGGAAGAGCUUCAAUUCUUAGAUCUUAGUCUAUGUCAGAACCUGAAGCAAGUGCCACAAGUAUCUAACCUUCUGAAGUUGCAGUUUCUAGACCUUUCCCAGACAGCAAUCAAGCAAGUUCCUCGCUUUCUUGAAAAGUUAGAAGGACUCACAGAGCUCAACUUGUCCUCUAUUUUGGAACCAAAGGAAAUUCCUUGUGGGGUGUUGCCUGCCUUAUUCAGACUCAAGAGGUUAGCAUGCCAGAUUGCAGGCGCUAUUUCUGAGCUGCAGAAUGUGAAGUCAUUAGAAAUUCUCGAUGCCAGAUUUUUGAGCCUGUGUGACUUGAGCAACUAUGUAAGGUCUCAGCACUCGUGUCAAUUGGACAGAUAUCAUCUAAAGGUUGGAGGUGAGGUGGGAUCUGAUCAACCAUACAGCAGAAAAGUAUCAUUGCACGGCUGUUCUUUGACUGAUCAAGAGGAAGAUUACAUCGUGCUUCCUAAUAACAUUCAGGAGUUGUAUGUCGACAAUUGUAGAGACUUCCCUUGCCUAUCUGAUGUGUUGUAUCCUGUUGCAUAUCCUCCUAGAACUCAUGAUGAUGCAAUUAUAGGAAGUUGCAACGAAGAGCUUAGUUGUUUAAACCAGCAAGCUAAACAUUUUUCAAGCCUUGAAGUAUGCAUCAUUAGUAGAUGCCAGGACAUUAAGACAUUGUUUACACUAAGCUGGAUGGAGAGUCUCCAAUCCCUUCGAUUAUUACAAGUUGAAGAUUGUAGACAAGUGAAGGAGUUAAUAGCAGUCGAAGUAGUGGAUUGUGGUCCAACUGAAGGAGAACAUGCUGUCAUUUGUCUUCCCCAACUUAGGCAGCUUGUUCUCAUUCUAUUGCCUCAGAUGGAAAGCAUCUAUAAGGGUCGACUUGUUUGUGCUUUGCUUCUGUCUUGUACUGUUAUGGACUGUCCAAAACUGAAGCGUCUUCCAUUCUCCAGGAUAGAUGCAGGAGAAGAGUCAUUCGUCCCUUGUCUAGAACGGAUUGAAGGCCAAGAGAAAUGGUGGGACUUGUUAGUAUGGGAUCAGCCGGAAUCUAAAUCUUUGCUCAAACCCCUGUUUAGAUGCAGGUCUUUGGAUGACAAGAUUGUUUACUACUGACUUAGCCUCCUUGCUGUGUUAAAUGGUUUGUUUGCUUCUUUCUCUCUCUCUCUCUCUUCCUCUCCCCCGCCCCCCACCCCCCACCCCCUCUUUUAUUUCCAUAUAAAUAAGAAACUGAGAACAGGUUGAAGCCCUUGUUCACAAAGAGCAGGCUGGCUUCCCAACUGCCGAGCCCUUCGUAGAAUCAGUUUAUGUAGACCAUCUAAAGUUAUUCCCCCUCCCAUAAGGCAAAGAUGGCCAAAAUUAUCGUAUUUUGGAGAGUUUUACUUCCAAAAGCACUCCUUAUUCAGUUAAGGAGUAUUCCCUGGCCUACUACCACUGGGUGAUUAAUCUUAUGAUUUUAUUACCGCACUAUAUAAUCCUAGACUCUUCAGUCUUCAAAGGUUAUGAUAAUAAAGUUUUCUAGUUGUUUGUUGAAAAGACUGUUAUUUUCAAAAGAGAUUAAAAAGACCUUUCAUGAUGUAUUAUAUGCUUAAGACUUUGGCAUUUAGCCUAAUUCACUAUGUAAUUUAAUAUAACGUCUGUCAUUUAAUAUUUUGAUUA